GGUAGAAGCUUUGCGGAAGUGAGUGAAACAGUAGUCAUAUGACCAAGCAAGCUGCAGCAGCCUGAGAAUAUGUUAUCCCGAAAUGGAUAAAUAUUCUUGGACACGGUGACAAAACAUCACCCCUCAGCAGCGGCCUGACGUCGUGCUCCGACAGGAUGGAGGAGAUAAAAGUAUCUCCUGACUACAACUGGUUCAGAAGCACUGUGCCCCUGAAGAGAAUUAUUGUUGACGACGAUGACAGUAAGGUGUGGUCUUUGUACGAUGCUGGCCCAAAGAGCAUCAGGUGUCCCAUCGUCUUCUUGCCCCCUGUCAGUGGGACAGCUGAGGUGUUCUUCCAGCAGGUUCUGGCCCUGACAGGCUGGGGCUACAGAGUCAUCUCGCUGCAGUAUCCCAUCUACUGGGAUCUCAUGGAGUUCUGUGACGGUUUUCGUAAACUCCUGGAUCACCUUCAGCUGGAUAAGAUCCACCUGUUUGGAGCAUCUCUGGGUGGAUUCUUGGCUCAGAAGUUUGCCGAGUACACACACAAAUCUCCCAGAGUUCACUCUUUGGUCUUGUGUAAUUCAUUCAGCGACACGUCCAUCUUCAACCAGACAUGGACGGCUAACAGUUUCUGGAUGAUGCCAGCCUUUUUACUCAAAAAGAUUGUUCUGGGGAACUUUGCUAAAGGACCUGUGGACCCUAAAAUGGCAGAUGCUAUUGACUUCAUGGUAGACAGGCUGGAGACUUUAAGCCAAAGUGAGCUAGCUUCACGACUAACACUCAACUGUCAGAACUCGUACGUGGAGCCCCACAAAAUAAAAGAAGUUGCUGUGACCAUCAUAGAUGUGUUUGAUCAGAGCGCUCUGUCUCUGGAGGCCAAAGAGGAAAUGUACAAACUGUAUCCUAAUGCCAGGAGAGCUCAUCUGAAAACUGGAGGAAACUUCCCGUACCUGUGCAGGAGUGCUGAGGUCAACCUCUACAUACAGAUUCACCUGCGUCAGUUCCAYGGGACCAGGUACGCUGCCAUUGAUCCCUCCAUGGUGAGCGCCGAGGAGCUGGAGGUGCAGGGGAGCCACCUGAGCAGCAAGCAGGACUCUGAGGAGCAGUGAGGCGACGUUCACCUGCAAUCUAACAACUCUAAACAAUUUCAACUCUUUUUGAUUCUCUGGCUGAACUCRCAUCAUCGGACGUUCCAGUGAUUCUUUUCUAUAGAGCUCAACAGUCAAAUCAGCAAGCCGGCUGAAAAUAUUUUUACUUGUCAGAUGAAGCAAUAUUUUCAUAUUGACCUGUAUACAGAUGGUACAUGACCGCCGCUUUGCUUUGAAACAUACACAAUACUUUGCCUUAUGUGGAAUGAAUCGUUGCACUCAUAAACUGCCUGAACUGUGUUCAUGUCUGUGUGCACGUUGAGCUGUAGUUAACAGUGUUGGCUGUUAACAGAAAGAUGAACACGCUGGUUAUACAGAGACAUGCUGUAUAUCUGACAGUCUGUGUAAUUCACUAUGAUGAAAGUGCAUUUCUUAUUUGUAUUGAAAUACAAUAUAUAUGUAUAUAUUUAUUUUUUUCUUUUA